GAGGGUUUCACUCAUGCUUAACGACAUCGAUUCACAACAGAUGGUUAAACCGUGAAACACCGUUUAUGAAUUCACGGCACAGCAUGAUUCAACACUAAGUUACAGACUUGCAGUUGCAGCCAGCAGCGUGGCAAGGACCGACGGGCAAGGUCCUAGUCGAUAAAUGUCAGAGUCAAAGUCAGGGCAGUGGCAAUGGGAAAACGCUGCAGCCGGUGCUAUUGCAGGCUUCGCCACAGUGGCUGCUAUGCACCCCCUUGACGUUGUCCGUACUAGGUUUCAAGUUAACGAUGGUCGAGUAUUUAAUCUUCCAACUUACAAGAACACUGCACAUGCUAUUUUAACCAUUGCUCGCUUGGAGGGUCUGAGGGGACUUUAUGCUGGCUUCUUUCCUGCAGUUCUAGGGUCCACUCUUUCUUGGGGUUUAUAUUUCUUCUUCUAUGGUAGAGCCAAACAACGGUAUUCCAAAAAUGGGGAGGAGAAGCUGAGCCCUGGUCUUCAUUUAGCUUCAGCUGCAGAAGCUGGAGCUUUGGUUUGUUUGUGCACAAAUCCUGUUUGGCUUGUAAAAACAAGAUUGCAGCUUCAGACACCGCUUCAUCAAACUCGACCAUAUUCUGGGCUUUAUGAUGCACUAAGAACCAUAAUGACCGAGGAAGGGUGGACUGCACUUUAUAAAGGGAUUGUUCCUAGUCUUUUUCUGCAGGUUUCUCAUGGAGCUAUUCAGUUCACCACAUAUGAGGAACUUCGUAAAGCUAUUGUUGACUAUAAAUUUAAAAGAAGCAAACAAAAUCCUGAUAAUGGUGAUAAUACAUUGAAUUCAGUUGAUUAUGCUAUUCUUGGGGGAUCUUCUAAGGUUGCUGCCAUUCUUCUUACAUAUCCAUUUCAGGUUAUUCGAGCUCGAUUACAGCCUCCAUUUAUAACAAUUAAACUUGCCUCUGGAGAAAAGUCAGCAUGUCAGUUUAAGCCUCUCUUAUUCAUGACUCUAAUCUUUUGCCAUCUACAGCAAAGACCCAGUAGUGAUGGAAUUCCAAGAUAUAUGGAUAGCUGGCAUGUUGUGAAGGAAACAUUUCGAUUUGAAGGUUUUCGCGGUUUUUACAAGGGCAUCACACCAAACCUUUUGAAAAAUGCUCCUGCUUCUUCAAUAACAUUUAUUGUGUUUGAGAAUGUGCUGAACUUUCUGAGGAUGGCAAGAAAGGAUAACUGAAUUUUGGUUUGUGCUCAUUAUCUUUUACAUUCUUUUUGUACCUACCUUUAAAAAUAAUUUAUUAAGCCCAAAAAGUGGAAGGUAGACUGGUCAUAUGAAUCUCAUUGAUUUGUAAUAAUUAAAAGCCUCUGCUUCAAUUUUACUUUUACCAA